UUAUUGCUGAACUCUAAUACUGUUGUUUUUUUCCCCUUCUUUCACCCCCCUCCACCCACCCUUUCUCACCUCCCCAUAAUUUGGACCCAAUCAUUGGCUGAAAAAGAAGCAGAAAAAAAAUCCCAACUCCUUCCAGAGAGCGAAGGGUGCCGGAACCCCGGGGAAGGCCGUCCAUCCCCCGCAGGAGCCGAGGCCCGGCUGGCAGUCCCAGGGGAAGGAGCAGACGAUGGUGACAGCGGGAAUGAAAGCAGGAGCGGAAGUGAAGAAACCAAUGUUUGUGAGAAGUGCUGUGCAGAGUUCUUCAAGUGGACGGACUUCCUGGAGCACAAGAAGAACUGCACCAAAAACCCCCUGGUGCUGAUCGUGAAUGAAGAUGAGGCAGCUCCACCACCUGCUGAGGAGUUCCCUGAGCCCUCACCUGCUAGCUCUCCCAGUGACCAGGCAGAGAGUGAAGCUGCUGAAGAAGGUGUCCAGCCAGAAAACAGUGAGAGCUCUGAGGUAAAAAGCACGGAAAAAGAAGAAGAGCCAAUGGAGGUAGAAACUGCGGAGAAAAGCUUCCAGAAUCAAGGCACCUCAAACACAGCUACACCUCUACCUCAGCUCCCUGAACCAUCGCCUAUGGCAGGCUAUACCAUGCCAAACACGAAUGUUACACUGGAGACUCUGCUGAGCACUAAAGUGGCAGUCGCACAGUUCUCGCAGAGUGCACGGUCAGCUGCCUCUGCCAGCAUCAGCAGUGGGGUGACAGCUGUGGCCAUCCCCAUGAUCCUGGAGCAGCUCAUGGCCUUGCAGCAGCAGCAGAUCCACCAGCUGCAGCUGAUUGAGCAGAUCCGCAGCCAGGUGGCCAUGAUGAACCGGCAGCCCCUGCGGCCAGCCCUUAACCCAGUGGUGGCACCAGGAGUAGCAGGGCAGGCCUCAAACCAGCUGCAGGGCUUUGCCACGAGCGCUGCCAUCCAGCUCACUGCAGUCCUUCCUCCUGCCAUCAUGGGGCAGGCUGCUGGUGCUCAGCCCCCUGCCUUCGACGGCUCUCAGCAUAUCUCAAGACCUACAUCUGGAGCAAGUACACCCAAUAUAUCCAGCAGCGGAUCCUCUGCCCCUCCAGAUUCUAGUGUACCCUGCUCGUCUAAUGCGAUUACAUCUGUAACACCCGUUUCAGUGUCAAACACUACAAUCAGUGCUUCGCAGCCCCAGAAUGCUUCGACUCCACCUUCCAUAGGACAUGGAAGCCUCACCUCGAUUUCUAACCUGCCAAACCCACUUCUACCUCAGACUUCCUCAAAUAGUGUGAUCUUCCCCAAUCCGCUUGUUAGCAUCGCAGCAACAGCUAAUGCACUAGAUCCUCUGUCUGCCCUCAUGAAGCACCGCAAAGGAAAGCCACCAAAUGUGUCAGUGUUCGAGCCUAAGUCAAGCUCUGAGGAUCCCUUUUUUAAACACAAAUGCCGAUUUUGUGCCAAGGUCUUUGGAAGUGACAGUGCUUUACAAAUCCACCUCCGCUCGCACACUGGGGAAAGACCUUUUAAAUGCAACAUAUGUGGAAAUCGCUUUUCCACAAAAGGCAACCUGAAAGUUCAUUUUCAGAGGCAUAAAGAGAAAUACCCACACAUUCAGAUGAAUCCCUAUCCUGUUCCAGAAUACCUCGAUAAUGUGCCCACUUGUUCUGGUAUCCCAUAUGGGAUGUCGCUGCCCCCUGAAAAGCCGGUCACAACAUGGUUAGACAGCAAACCUGUUCUACCGACCAUUCCAACUUCCAUUGGGCUCCAGCUGCCCCCCACAAUUCCCGGUGUAAACAGUUAUGGAGAUUCUCCAAGCAUCACUCCCAUGAGCAGGUCACCUCAGAGGCCUUCUCCUGCUUCCAGUGAAUGCACUUCCUUAUCUCCAAGCCUCAACACAUCUGAGUCAGGUGUUCCAGUGUCUGCUGAAUCCCCGCAGCCCAUUCAGAGCAGCUCGUCCCUGACCAAGGCAGAACCCAUCAGUCUGCCUCCCGCAAGUACACGGCUUGGGGACCACUCUGUAGGUGGACAAGUUUCCACAGCUUCCACGUCUUCAAUUCCAACCAUUGUUACAGACAGUAGUGUUUCAACAAGCCUCCCAAACCCUGUGCUUCCAGCAAUGUCUGACCAGUUUAAGGCAAAGUUUCCAUUUGGUGGUCUGCUAGAUUCUAUGCAAACAUCAGAAACCUCAAAACUACAGCAGCUAGUAGAGAACAUUGAUAAGAAGAUGACAGAUCCAAAUCAAUGCGUCAUUUGUCAUCGUGUGCUUAGUUGUCAGAGUGCUCUCAAGAUGCAUUACAGAACACAUACAGGAGAAAGACCAUUUAAAUGCAAAAUUUGUGGACGUGCCUUUACUACCAAAGGCAAUCUAAAAACGCAUUUUGGAGUUCAUCGAGCAAAGCCACCACUUAGAGUACAGCACUCGUGUCCCAUUUGUCAGAAGAAAUUUACAAAUGCGGUUGUUCUUCAGCAGCAUAUUCGUAUGCAUAUGGGUGGACAAAUUCCUAACACACCAUUACCAGAGGGCUUCCAGGAUGCCAUGGACUCAGAACUUUCCUAUGACGAGAAGAACAUUGACACACUGAGCAAUUUUGAUGAUGACAUUGAUGAAAAUUCUAUGGAAGAGGACCCGGAGUUAAAGGACAUGGCAAGUGACUCAGCAAAACCCCUUAUCUCUUACUCUGGGUCAUGUCCUUCUUCACCGCCUUCUGUGAUCUCCAGUAUCGCUGCUUUGGAGAAUCAAAUGAAAAUGAUUGAUUCUGUCAUGAACUGUCAGCAGCUGACCAGUUUAAAAUCCAUAGAAAAUGGAUCAGGGGAAAGUGAUCAUUUGAGCAAUGACUCCUCAUCGGCUGUUGGUGAUCUCGAAAGCCAGAGUGCAGGCAGCCCUGCAAUGUCAGAGUCUUCUUCCUCCAUGCAAGCUCUGUCUCCUGUAAAUAGUAAUAGUGAAAGUUUUAGAUCAAAAUCCCCAGGUCUAAGCAACCAGGAAGAACCACAAGAAAUACAAUUAAAGACAGAAAAACCAGACAGCCCACCACCUGCAGCUGAAAAUGGAGGCGCGUUAGAUCUGACAUCCACCAACCCUGGAAGACCGGUCAUCAAAGAGGAGGCUCCUUUUAGCCUGCUGUUCCUGAACAGAGAACGUGGUCCCAGCCAAAGUACUCCUAGCCUGGUCACCAGUACAGCGCCUACCAUGAUCAAAAUGGAAGUGAAUGGUCACAGCAAGCCGAUCUCUUUGGGUGAGGUUCCCUCGCUUCCAGCUGGAAUCCAGGUUCCUGCUGCACCACAGACAGUGAUGAGUCCGGGGAUCACCCCCAUGCUGGCACCCCCCCCUCGCCGCACUCCCAAGCAGCACAACUGUCAGUCUUGUGGGAAGACCUUCUCCUCAGCAAGUGCACUGCAGAUACACGAGCGCACCCAUACUGGUGAAAAACCGUUUGGUUGCACAAUCUGUGGUAGAGCUUUUACCACAAAGGGGAAUCUUAAGGUGCACAUGGGAACGCACAUGUGGAAUAAUGCACCUGCACGCCGUGGCCGUCGCCUCUCCGUGGAAAACCCCAUGGCUUUGCUGGGUGGUGAUGCACUGAAGUUCUCUGAAAUGUUCCAGAAGGAUUUGGCAGCUCGAGCCAUGAACGUUGAUCCCAGCUUUUGGAACCAAUAUGCUGCAGCUAUCACAAAUGGACUUGCCAUGAAGAACAAUGAGAUUUCUGUCAUACAGAACGGAGGCAUUCCCCAGCUCCCAGUAAGUCUUGGUGGAGGUGCCAUCCCACCUCUAAGCAACCUUACCAGUGGCAUGGACAAAGCGCGCACAGGCAGCAGCCCUCCCAUUGUUGGUUUGGACAAAGCAAGUUCUGAAACUGGAGCCAGUCGUCCAUUCACCAGAUUUAUCGAGGAUAAUAAAGAGAUUGGCAUAAAUUAAAAGCAUUCAUUACAAAUAACUGUUGGACCACUACUCAGCGCAACACAUGUCCUGUUCCAUGUACAGCUUUUGAAGUUAAGCAUUAGUUUCCUGACCUAAAUGCAUAGGUUUCCCUUAAAAUUUUACCUUUAGCAGAAAUACCCAACUUUGUGGCUGCUGAAAAGUUGUCUUGCAAGAUCUGCAUGGUACUUCUUUCAACAGUGAGUUUGACUGUUAUUGAGAACUGUGAAACCAUUUAAUGUAACAGAAACAAAUGAACAAAAAAAAACAUUGGAUAACUUCAUUAGAAACAGAAAGAGGCUAGUAUACGUCCACUUUCUUCUUAGAAACCUUACUAUCAACUGAGAGAGGGGGCUUCACUAUGGCAUUCUGUCACACUUGCUGGUUUUGUUCACAUUAGUUAGCAACUUGGACUAUGUUUUUAGGAAUCUUAAUCUCAAAUAAGUGACUUAGUACCCCAAUGCUGUGUAUUAUUACAGUAUCCUUGUCUGUAGUAUUUAUAAUGUUAAGACUAUGCGGGUAACAGACAAUAUACUAGCCCCAAAUUUAAAUGAAGCUCUUGUACUGCAAAAUACAUCUGGUUAUGUGACCUUUCUUUUUCUUUUCUUUUCUCUCUCUUUCUCUCUCUCUUUUUUUUUUUUUUUUUUUAAAGCAAGUCCUGUUUUACUAUAAAUAAGUGGUUUACUUUAAUGCAGACAAAAUUGUGCAGUUUUAUUGGGAAAGAUAGCAUGCUUUUCAUGUGCAAGUACCUGUCAGUAACAAACUUCUUUUUUAAUUUAAGUCUUUGUAGCUGCUAUGUGGACAGUUGUUCUAUUAAAUGAGAAAAAAAAUAAAAUAAAAUGUAGUGUGGACUUUAGCUCAAUGAUUGGAAAACAAGUUACAGACAAACCUUAGCACCAUAAAUUAUUCACAACGUAAUAAGCAGUUGUGAGUAAAUACUUCAUGUUAUCAGAGCUGUACAAUAAAAAGGUAAUGUUUGUAUAAUGUGGUUGCAAACUCUUAAUUUAUACUAUUGCACUUUUAGUAUUUUGUAUUAGGGAGGUUUGUCUAUAAUUUGAAACUGAACUAAGAUGUAAACUAUUUUAUAAAUAGUACUUUGACUUAAGGAAUAACGGGGAAGACCCUGUUACAGUUUCUUGUUUUGUUUUAAGGUCAAACAAUGAGAGCUCUCUUAACUAAGCAGAAAAGCUGCAGAGAACUGUCAGAUCCUUAGGAAAAAUGGGCCUGCCAUUUCUUAAAUUGAAAUGAUUCAUUUAACUUUCCUACAAAGCCCACUUAAAAGCGUGACUACCCCCAGCAGAAUUCCGAUAAAUUUAUCUUAGGAGUGUGAUAUUAAUACAAGUCUAGGAUAGAUGACAGAGAACAUUGCAUAGAUAUAAUUUUACUGUAAUCUGUUCUGUCUUUCACACGUACCCACCAGAAAGAUGUUGACUGCCUAAUAAUGUGGGGAAAAAAAUAAAAUAAUAACUUUAGGGCAGCAGGAGCAGUAGUAUGUUAUGUGUUUAUUUCCAACUCUCAUUGAUUAUCUUCUCAGAUCGCUCUGAAGCACAAUAUACUCUGAUUAAUCAAAUAUAAUUUUAUGUUGAUUGCAUUAUUUCAGUUACACUGAGUAAAUAAAGGGAAUGGUUCCACUCAUAAGUUAGGCUGGGGAUGCUGAGAAGACUGGGGCUUAAUCAAAACUUGAACAGUAAACAUUUUGUGUACUACCUCAUUUUUGUGCAUUACAAGCUUGGUGGAGUCUGACACUAUGAACUUUUGUCCAGCAGAAUUGCUUGAGGGACAUUAUGGGUAGCUGGGUAACAGCACAAGAAGUUUUAUGCCCCUGCGGAAUGAAUCAGACAGUGAGGUCUUCUCAUUUAAGACUGAAAAAUAAGACAAUCUUUCUUACACAACAAAAACCGUUACUGUAAGAGGAUGGUCUAUUUCUGCCAUCAUGUAAUGGAGUGAAAAGAGUUUCAAAGACUUACUAGCUGUUUGUUUCUACUGGAAAUGAACAAUGAACUUUAUGUCUCCAUUUUUUACAACAAUGAGAUAGAUAUAUAGAUAUAUAUAUCUAUAUAUAAACAAAAUUAUGUAUCUAUAAUGCCUCUACAAUAUAACUUUUUUUUUUUUUUUUUUUUUUUUCCCAUGGUGUGUGAGUGGUUAGGGGUGUUUCAGAGCAUUUUGAAAAAGAAAACUGAGGUGGCUUAAUGUUGCUGUAUUUCAGCAAUUGAAUGUUUUUAUUUAUCUGUGUCAUUUUUGGUGUGACUUUUUUUGUUAGUAUUUGGUACCAUGUAGUGUUAUCUUUAUUCCCUAAAGGAUGUGUAUAACUUAAAAAAAAAAAAAAAAAAGAAAAGAAAAGAAAAAAGAAAAAAGCAUAAAAGAAAAAAAAAGUUAAAAAGAAAAAAAGAAAAGAAAAAAAGGGGGGGGGAAAAAGGAAAAAGAAAAAAGAUGUAAAGUGUUGUAAAUAAGAUGGUUGAUGAUGGUACAGUAAGACUGACCCCAUUUUGUAUUCAGGGUUAGGUCAUUCCUCUCUGCAUGGUGAAGAGACACUAUUUUUAUACUGUGAUACCAUGUAGGGCUAGGAGCCUCCCUGAACCAGCUGGGAAUUGUUAUUUAGAUCCAAUAUUUUUUAUUAUUAAAUCUUGUUGGCUUGACACACCUACUGAUUGAAAUGGAUGUCUUAGUCUAGGUUACUAUUUUUUUCAUAUGGAAUUGAAUAAAAUGCAGGAUGUAAUAUUAUUUCUGAAUUGCGUUCCUUGAUUAUUCUAAUAACAGUCUGAUAUGAGAAUAAGGUCACUUGUGGUAGAUUGGUGUCAAUGACUUCUAAUCGUUGCAUCUGAAAACUGGAAUAAGGUUGACACCUUGUAUUUAAAUGCUGCUCUAAUGUAUAUUAGCGGUGCAAAGGGUAGAAUUAUUCCAGUCUCCUUUCCAAUAAAAAUAAAUCCUCAUUGCAUUUCACGCAAGACAGUAGAAGAAAAAAAUAUAUAUAUUUUGAAGGAGGGAAAACAGCCUUUGAAAGUACUACUGCUUCAAACUGACUGCAUUCUGCACACCUUUUAUGUGCUGUUUACAACAGAAGGUUCCUUUUCAUGUUGUUUAAACAUCUACCUAAAAUCCAUAAUGUACUGUAUGAUUUGAGAACAAGUUUAUCAGAAGUUCAAAUUCAAAAAUUCAAAAUUAAGAACAAAAUUAACAGCUUGCAUCCAUUCAUUCCAAAUGACAUAUUCUCUACACUAAUGCCUAUGGCUUUUUUUCUUUAUCUUUUUCAAGACCCCAAUUUAUCAGAGUGUGUCUAACUUUAACCAAAUUAUUUUUUCAUGUUAAUUUAAAUGGAAGUAUUUACAUUCUUGAUGCUAGGUGUAUGACUAAGUAUCUUCUGCAAAAACCUCUACAUUCAAGCUGCUACGAUCUGGCGAUGGAUGCCUGCUGCAUUUAAAAUGAACAAUAAGUAAAAGAAAAAUCUGAAUUAUCUUUUAGUGGCCUUGCUAUAAAAAUACUCUGUUUUAUAAGGUCUACUCAAAGAAGGUAUGAGUUUCCUCUGGUGACUCAACAGUAGGUUUAUGCUUGUGCUUCUGUCCCUGCGUGCACAUCUCUGAGCCUUGCUGAGAGAAAACCUGACAUGCAAAAAAGGAAGGGGUUCUGAUAGUUACAAUACUGUUCAAAACAGAGAGAAAAGUUUUCUGCCUUCCCAUCCUCCCCUACCGAAUAGGAUGAAAGCAGAAAUGGCAUCUAUUGUUAAAUAAGCAGUGGUUUAUAUUUGGUCUUAUAGGAAGAUGUUAAUGAAUUUGAAUAAUUAAAUGUGUUACACAGGUAAAAAAAAUGGUCUGGUGAAUUACAGGCAUUUAAAAAUAGAGACAUGUAGGAAUUCUGUAAUCAGAAAAAGAUGCAAGUUACGGUGUUAUGAGGAGAGAGGUUAUUUUACAUUGUGAAAAUUUCAGCAAUGCUUUCAAACUCUUCACUUUUUUUUUUUUUUUUUCCACAAGUGAUUAGAAAUAGAGUAUUUAUGACAAAUAUGUGACAGAAUUACUUUUUCACCUGUUUUAUUUCCCCUUUCUUCUGCAUGUGUGUAUUAGACUAUUCCUUCUUCUAUUUUGUCCUUUCCGUCUUGGCAAAUAUUUUGCAUUCCUACUGCUGCAUUCUUUUUGUAUUUCUGUUGCCUUUAAUUUACUUCUCUGCAUGUACUCUGCCAUUUGGAAGAUACUGUGGGUUUUUGUUGUGUUUUCUCCCCUUUUUUCUCUAAUUCUGUGAAAGUCAAAAGAUGUACCCUUUUUUUUUCUUUUUUUUUUUUUUUUUUUACCUGCAUGUAAUGCUAGCAUAAUGAAUGAUGAAGUAAUCAGUGAUACCAUCAGGUAUGUGUAUAGCUCACAGGAUGUGCUAACGAUCAUGGCACAGAGCAGCCACAGAUAUUCAGGAGAAUGGAGACUUUCAUCUUAACUUCACCACACCUGCUGUUACACCGCUGGAAACUCCAUGGCCUUCAGUGGAGAUACUCCAAAUGAUUAGCUAUAUAGUAUAUUGAAAGUAUGUCUAGACAAAAGUAUUCUGGACUUUAUUUUUAAAAAGAGGGAAGAGAUAACACUUAUAUUUUAGUAUACACUGCAAGAUUGUUCCCAUUUUAAAGGAAUUCAUGAAAUCUGAAUCGAAAAAACAUGACUGUGCCCCUUAAUAUAGAAUUUGAUGUGAGAACAUCAUGUGAAUAAUCAGUCCCUUCUCAUCUAUAUGAGUAAAAGAACUUGUAACUUUUAUGUAUAAAAUAGAAAAAUGUGAAGAGCUUGCUGUGAGAUUGCUACACAACAUGCACACUACCACGCAAAAGCUUUUCCUUUGCAUAUAUGAAAGGUAUUGGCAGAUUAACUAAAAAGAGUAAAUCUUGUGCAUGCCACAGCUCCAACGCACAGUAUUUUAUUUUUUCAAAAGGCAGAAUGGAUCAAUCAGUUGACAGAGUGACAAAACUGAGAGCCAAAAGCUUUGCGUUGUGCCACUGACAUAAUUUAGAGAGGCGGGCAAGUCUCUAAUUAGACUCUGAUUCUACCUGACAGUUAAAUACUCCUGGGGCCCCUGGGAAUCUGGGGGUGAACUCCCUCUGCAGAGUCAAGUAGCACCUUGUAGAAGUGGGAUGAGUUGCACUGUCAGUAAAGAUGGGAAAACACUUUUGUACCUACCUCACAGGGAUGUUGUGAGGAAUAGUUUUAUGUCUGUACAGUGUUGCAAAGAUGGAAAAUGCUUGGUAUUACUGCUGAUUUUAGAGAGUUUACAGUACAGGUUCUAUUAUUUAUUAUUUGUACACCAGUGGUACCUGCAGGCUUCAGUCAGGACUGAGCGCCUUGUCCUAAAUGUCGUGCACCAACCUAGAUGAAAUUGAUACAAAAUUUUACUCAGUAACAUUUUCCAGUGGGGUUUCUUCGUUAUCAAGUAUCUAUUUGAUUACUCUUGUUGGCCUCAUUCAGUUGUUCAGGCAUUUGAAUGGAUUUUAUCCAUUUUUUGACUGCAACCGAGUUAUCUGGUAUUACAUUUUGUUUUGACUUGUAUUGAAUUUCUUCUAGAAAAAGCACCAAUUUUCUAUGGAUAUGGAUAAUCUAGAGUCAAAUCUUGCUAUCAGUGGAAUUCUACUGUACCUUUUGCUAUUAAAGCUAAACAUUAAAAUAAA